AUGAGCGGGAACAAGAUGAUGCGGAGUGCAAAACGCGGUUUCGGCCCCCUUCCAGCACACUGGCUGUCGGAGCAGUUCACCGUAGUGGAUGCUGGAUAUGGCCAGAUUGCUUUCUACAACGCCAGGUGGCGCCGAUUCAUUCGGAUCUCGGGGAGCAACUUGAAGACCACCUCUACGAGGGCCGCCACGAACCUGCCAGGUCAUUGGGCUUCCCCGCGCUUCACCGUCUUUCCCGCAGGCCACGGAACCUUUGCCUUCCACAACACCGACGCAAACCGCUUCAUCCGAAUGACGGACAAGGUCAUGGAUAGCAGCGCAACGAAGGAUCCUCAGAACUUGCCAGACAGCUGGUCGUGGGAGCGCUUCAAGAUCGUCGUGGUCAGCGAGGCCACGCAAAAGGCCGACGAUGUGAGCUGGAGCUUUGACUGA